UCAGAAAUUCACAGAAACACAACCCUAAAUAAAUCCUCGAAUUUUUGAAACCUUUAGCUUUACGAUUCUUCCAUCGAAGAUCAGAUUUCAUCCUAAGCGAAUCGUUGAAUUACGAAGAUCGAAACCUCUUCACGGCCAUUAAGGAUGGUCGGAGGCAACAACGCCAAGUCGUCGACGAACAAGCCUCCGGCAUCCUCCACUCCCACCGCUGCUGCUGCGUCUUCUUCGCAUGACCGUAAAUCUCGUUGGGCAUCGAGCAACAACGAUGGCGGAAGCAGCAAAAAUAACAUCAACAACAACAAUAACAGUAACAAGCCGAUGACUGGUGGCCAGAAAGUCGCCGAUAAUAAACUUCCGAAGCCGAAUCCUUCUCCUAAGCUAGCUCCGACGCCGAGCCAAUCCUAUCCGAAUCACCCAAAUCCAGCAGGACCAUCUUCACGUCCCGCUCCUGGCUCCGCUUUCCCCGCGUCGCAAUUUGCUUUCCCAGAUUCGUCGGCGGCGCUCGGUGCUCCUCCUGCGCCGACUUAUGGGUUCCACAUGCUGGAGCGGCGUACCAUCGUUCUCGUUGACGGCAGUGUCCGAUCCUACUUCGCGCUUCCGCCUAAUUACCGUGAUUUUCCUCCUUCCCAAAGCCGACUUGCUGAUCCGGCUGCUAAUAGAUUUAUGGGACCGGAAUUUAGCCGAUUCCCUCCUUUUCAUCCGGAAGAGUUCAGAGAUCAGCGGCAGCUAUGGGAUCGGCCGGAGGGGUCGAUGAAACGGAAAUUUCCAGGUGAAGAAGAAAUUGACAGGAGGGAGAGGGACGAAAGAGGUGAAAUGCUGAGACAAAGACAUCAGUUUAUGCAUUAUGGGAAUCCUAAUGAUCAAUCACUAAUGGCGAGGACGAGUAGUCCGUUCACGAGGGAUGUUGGAGAAGAUGCCAGAGCAGCUAAGCAUAUGCGGAUAGGGUCAAGUAGACAUGAGAAUGGAGGUCAGGCGCUUAACUAUCUCCAGGUUGAUCAGGUUGCGCUAAAGAAAUCUUUUUUGGGUUAUGUUAAGCGGAUUUAUGAGGACCCUUCAGAGAAGAAGAACUACUUGGAGAACGGGAGUACAGGGCCGCUUCAGUGUCUCGUCUGCGGCAGGUUUGAUAGGUCUCCUAAAGACGUCCAGGAUACACAUGGUUUGGUUAUGCAUACAUACUAUUAUGAUGAUGCCAGCUCACGCGUGCAUCACUUAGGCCUUCACAAAGCUCUCUGUGUUUUAAUGGGAUGGAAUUUCUCAAAGGCUCCUGAUAAUUCAAAGGCAUACCAGAAUCUACCAGCCGAAGUGGCAGCAAUCAAUCAAGACCAGUUGAUUAUUUGGCCACCUCAUAUAAUUGUUCACAAUACCAGUACAGGGAAGGGUAAAGAUGGGCGCAUGGAAGGUCUUGGAAGCAAAAGAAUGGAUAACAGAAUCAGAGAACUAAAACUCACCGGUGGGAAAUCAAAGUCACUGUAUGGAAGAGACGGUCAUUUGGGAAUUACCCUCUUCAGAUUUGCAGGAGACGAUUCAGGGCUCAGGCAAGCUAUGAGAAUGGCCGAAUACUUUGAGAAGAUGAACCGUGGACGUAAGAGUUGGUUCGGAUUACCACCAUUCACUCCAGGCAAAGAUGAUGAGAAAAACCAUAGUCUUGUCGAGGUUGAUGCUAGGACGGGUGAGAAAAAGAGAGUCCUUUAUGGUUAUCUUGCGACCAUAGCAGACUUGGAUAAAGUCGAUAUGGAAACAAAGAAGAAAACCACAAUCGAGAGCCUUAGAGAACUCCCAGGAUCAAAGUAAAUUAUAGUUCUCCCACAAAAGGUACACUUUACUUUAAAGGUAUUUAUUACCUAUUGAAUCUGGAUUCUUAGUUAUAAGCCCAAAAACUCGAAAGGAGAAAGCAAAGUUUGUUGUUUUUUUAGAUGGAUGAAUUUCUUGGUUU